GCAACAGUCCUCUUCUGUCAGUUCUGAGAAGCUACCAGGCUCAGUGAGAGGCAAGGACUUUUCAUCUUUAGGGCACUCUGACCGCGUCCUGCUUGAGAGAGAUUGUUCCUGGCAUCUCAGCGCUAUGGGGAGCAGGUGCCUCCUGGUCCUGCUCUUGGGUCUCACUGUCUUACUGGUUCUGCCAGGAUCAGAAGCCGAGAAUUCUGGGGCUUUCUGUCUUCCAUGCCCUAAAUAUGCCAAGUGUCACAACAGCACCCACUGUACCUGUGAACACGGCUUUUGGGCCUGGUCUGGCAGGACAUACUUUCAUGAGUUCUCUGAGAAGUGUGAAGAUAUUAAUGAAUGUGAGACCAGGAUGGCAAAGUGCAAGUAUGAAACUUAUUGUACAAAUAAAAUUGGAGCUUACAUCUGUAGCUGUUGGCGAAAACAUCCUAGCUUCAACUCGCUGGCUAGUUUUACAGGUUAUAAUCAUUCAGAUUGUUAUGAGGACGACAGUCAAGGGACACAGGCAAAAGUGGAUAUUUGGGUGAGUGGGGUGAAGCCUGGAUUUGGGAAACAGCUGCCUGGUGACGAGAGAACAAAACAUAUCUGUGUCUACUGGGAGGGACUGGAGGGAGGCAGCUGGUCCACUGAGGGCUGCUCUCGUGUGUGCAGCAACGGCUCUUACACCAAAUGCAAGUGCUUCCAUCUGUCCAGCUUUGCCGUCCUCGUGGCUCUUGCCCCCAAGGAGGACCCUGUGCUGACUGUAAUCACCCAGGUGGGACUGGCCAUCUCUCUGCUGUGCCUCUUCCUGGCCAUCCUCACCUUCCUCCUGUGCCGGCCCAUCCAGAACACCAGCACCUCCCUCCACCUACAGUUCUCCCUCUGCCUCUUCCUGGCCCACCUCCUAUUCCUGACAGGCAUCAACAGAACUGAGCCUGAGGUAGGUAAUUUACCCAAAUUACCUCAUGGUCCUAAUGAAUCCAGCCAUCUUAUCCCACAAGAAGAUGGAGAGCAGGGCAUUAGUCAGCAGUGA